GAGAGAGAUGCAUAGCAGACAGAGAGCGAGAGCGAGAGGGAUAGGAAGGACUAAGUGACUGGGUGUAAAUCUGAAGGGGGAAAUUAUAAGAGUCUACAGUGGAGACAGUGGCGAACGAAAAAGCAAAAAAAAAAGUCAGACAGAACGAUGAAGAAAUUCAGAAGAACAACCAGAACGCGAAAACAACAGAGGACAAACAUGUGUGAAAAGGAAAUUAAGCACCUAAGACUGUCACAUUAGCAGAACCAAGCAAGCGAUCAUGGACGACGGCUCAUCCACCCAAUCCUUCUCUAGCCUCCACCACCCUCGCCACCGCCCAUCCUUUCACCUCACCUUGCCCAGCCUUCAGAGCCUAGAAGCAGGCUACCAGCCUGCCCUGGGCCCCCUGGAGCAGUAUGGAAGCAGAGAGGAAGAAUCAGCGUCUUACCCGAGUUCGGGCCCUUCUUCUGGGGUAAGAAGAGGGGGCAGUGGGGUCGACAGCAGAUUCCAGAAUACAAGCGGCGGCGAUUUGGAUGGAGAGGCCAGCUUGAGAGGCCAUCUGGAAAGAGACGGCGGGUUAGGCAGCAGUUUUGCCGACACUUGGUAUGGUGGUAGCAAAAAAGAAGAGGUCUGGGACGACGGGGAGAGCUGUGAAAGCACUGCAGAGGAUUUGUAUAGUAAAGGUGACUGCUACAGUAAUACGAAUGGGGCGUUUUACAGCCAGAACUGUGGCAGCGAGGAAGAACUCAGGCGUAAACUCAGAGCAGACUACAAUAAUUAUGCCCAGGUUAGCUAUGAAGCUAAGAGUGAAACAGUUUACAGCAGGGAGGCCAAUGUCAGCCACUUCACCACCGGGUCCCACGACAGAAGUGCUGCAGGGAGCUUCAGUGACAGCAGUGUAGGUUACUGCAGGACAGAUUCUAGGGUAAGUGACACCUACUCAGGAAGAGAAGAAGACCGGGGGUCCAGCACCGGGUCGGGUGAGGAUCAGCUUCAACCGGCCGAGAUGGAGGGUCCCUGGCUCGGGGUUUCUCCCUCGGGCCAGACUGCAGACGGGAGGUGGAGAGGAGAAGCGGACGCCGUUCAUUUGGCCUCAGGGUGCCUGCCACAGAGGUCGCCCGUCAUCGCCAGCGGCGGGAUGUACACUCAGAAACUGGACUCCUUCUCUGAGGCUUUCCUCUCCCAGCGAAAGAGAUGGUUCACUGUGCUUCCCAGUGGGGAUUCCUCCGGACAGGCCUGGGAUUUUGGAGGAGGGAAAGAAGAAAGCCCUGGAUUGGCCAAGUCAAGGCACAGCUGUUCUUUUGAUUCAGACUCCUACCAGCCGCCCUCCUCCUUUUCUUCACCAGCUCACCGCUCUCUUCAAUCUUUCCCCUCUCCUCCCGCGUCGUCUCACCUCAUGUCUUCGGUUCUGAGUCCUCCCCCCACACCUCUCCCGCCUCCUUCUCACUCGCCCUCCAAAAUGGACUCUCCCGGUGCAUGUGGAGGAACUGCACAUUCCGUUUCCCAGGGGGGAGAAUCACUCGGCUCGCUCCAGUUUUUCACUUCCCACCUUCAGUCUCUCCCGUCUGUCCACUCCUCCGGGAUGAUAUGGAAGUUUCCACUACUGUCACACUGCUUUCCACAGUCGGCGGGUGACCCCAGCAGCAAUGAGGGCAACUUCAGAUCCUCCCUCGGUGCUGACUAUGGCAACAUCACAGCUUCACACGACAUCCUUCAGCCUCCUGAGAUGUCUUUCCUCACGUCCUCGCCCCUUUGUUCAUCCCCCCACCCUCCACCCAGAACCCUCUGUCCCUUGAACAGUGCAGCGCUCCAUCCCUCCCUCCAUCUUCCCUCUCAUCCAUCUCACCGCUCCGGCCCACAUAAUGAGGCGGCAGAAAAUCCACCUCUUUACUCGGUGAACCAGAAAGUAAAGAAUGGACCAGCCACUCUGAACGAGUCUCAGCUGCAGCAACAAGCCGCCCCUGUCUACACCGGAACUCCAUUUCCCAGUAUCCUUCAUUCCAGAAGGGGUCAGAAGAGGGGCCACUACACUCCGCGACCCCUCCUCAAUCCAAUCCGCAGGGGGACGGGGCUGUUUUCCUCCCCCUGCUCAUCGCUCCAUCAUGAAGAGGAUAAAACAGCAUUCGAAGAAGAAGAGGAGGAAUGUGGUGUGUUAUGUUAUGUGAAUGUAGGUUAUGAGUUCCAGGCAGAGCUUCCUCCAUGCUGCGUGGAUGGCGAGGGGUCGGGAUCGUGCUCACCAGAGGACGACUCUCCCAGAGAAGAGUUGCUCUGGAAACCAUGGGAAGAGCUGGAGGAGAGUGCUAACUCACAGAACCAAGUGGAGAAGCUGCUGUCAUUGUGUAGUUCAAGCUGCCUACCAGAAGGGGGCAGUAACACCGAGCUGGCUCUGCACUGUCUGCACUACUGCCAGGGGGACAUAAUGGCCACUCUGGAGACGCUGCUGUUUCGGCAGCCCUCACCAGCAGGAGACUACCACUACUCUGGCAGUGAUUUCUGGACAGUCACUGAAAAGAGUCUGUUCAGUACAGCUCUGGGGACUUACGGAAAGGACUUUUCGCUCGUACAGAAAAUGGUAAGGACUAAGUCAGUGAGCCAGUGCAUAGAGUUGUACUUCCUGAGCAAGAAGCUCAUGGACAAGCAGAAGAAGCAGAAGGAGGAAGAGAAAAGAGAUGGAGAGCUGGAACAGAACAAGAAAAGGGUGACGCCCAUCUGUCAGCCAGUGGACAGACAGUUUGGGCUGGCGGAGGCGGUUCCUGUGCCCCCAUUGGCCAGCUUCUUCCCCUGCAAGCUGUGUGGCAAAAUGUUCUAUAAAAUCAAGUCCCGUAACGCUCACAUGAAGAUCCACCGCCAGCCUCAGGAGGACUGGGCCGACAGGCGGCUGCAGCACCAGCUCCUCACCCAGCGUCUGGCCCUCAGUCGUUCGGCGAACCUCAUGCCCACCUCAGGCAGCAAUCUGCUCCCACCUCAGGCUCCAGCUCUGACAUUUUCCUCCUCCGGCGUCGCUGGAACAUCAAGUGACAACAGCAAUGCAGGCAAAAUCCUCAACUCUAUUACCAGUGGCAACACCAUCACACCCAGCAAUGGCAGUGUCCUAGAUCCCAGCACUGCAGUAAGAUACAACAACAUCACCGCGUCAAACGCUCAUGUAAUCGCCAAUAUUGACGCAAGUGACUCAAAUCAAAGAGAGCCCGCCACUGUCUUAUCUUUCCAACAGUCGUGGGGCUCAUUUGGACACGGCCCCAGUACUGCAGCCUUCUACUGCAACACAGAGGGCAAAGAGGAUGUUGGGACUGGGACAGUCGGGGUGAAAGAGCCGAUCAACUGGCGGUAGUGUUUAACUCUGCCUAAAGCAUUACGACCACUGACGUGUGAGAUUUAAAACUGGAAUUCAAACUCAUUUUUAUUGCAAGCAUGUGUACUUUUUUUUCAAAACCAGUUUAAUAAAAACUGUAUUUUUUGUAAAUUGUGUAUUUGAAUAAAAUGUUUAACCUUG